CCGACCGUGAACAUCUUCUCUUGACAAGGGACAAAAAAUUGCAUGCCUUUGAAUAUUUUAAUACACCGAGAUCAAGAAAUUAUCUUCUUUAUCAAGCAGUAGACCCCGGACCGUUGGAGCCCAAGAUGCCCUAGGCUAGCAGGACAAGAAAUAAUGUGAUGGCUUCUAAAGUGAAAGAUGCAGUGGUGUGGUACCAGAAAAAGAUUGGUGCUUAUGACCAGCAGAUAUGGGAGAAGUCAGUGGAGCAGCGAGAAAUAAAGUUUAUUUCGCUGGGCUUAAGGAACAAGCCAAAGAAGACUGGUCAUGUGAAGCCAGACCUCAUCGAUGUGGACCUGGUCCGAGGUUCAGCAUUUGCUAAGGCCAAACCCGAGAGCCCCUGGACAUCUCUGACCAGGAAAGGCAUCGUGCGAGUCGUGUUCUUCCCCUUCUUUUAUAAAUGGUGGAUCCAGGUCACCUCCAGAGGCAUCUUCUACUUACUUCUGGGACUGUAUCUACUGCAAGUUGCAGCAGCAGUCUUGUACCUGAGCAUCCCUCAGCCCCAUGUGAUCCCAGCCACUGAGGUGUUUGGGGCCAUCUGGCUCAUGCUUCUGCUGGGCACCGUGCACUGUCAGAUCGUCUCAACCCGGACCCCCAAGCCAGUGUCCAGCAGCGGGGGCAAGAGGCGCAGGAAAUUGAGGAAGGCCUCUCAGAUGGAGGUGCAUAGGGAAGGCGAUGGGUCUAGCACUACCGAUAACACACAGGAGGGGGCGCCACACUCGCACUCCCCCGGCACUGCGUUCAGCUUGGGCUCUCUCUUCCACGAUUUCUGGCAUGAUAUCUGUAAAGCUGGAUCUAAGAAGUCUAAGCUCUCCAUCGACAAGUCCACAGAGACAGACAAUGGUUACGUGUCAUUGGACGGCAGGGUGACCAAUCGGAGCAGUGAGGAGGGACUUCAGCUGCCAGAGCCAGCCUGUGAUUCACUACUGAGGGCCGAGGAGGCGUGCUGGAACCCGCACAGCCCACCCACUCACACCCACACGCCACGUAGCAACGGACUCACGCUGCCCACUGCCAACAAGGAGCCUGCAUCAGAUGAGGCUUCUAGUGAGGAGGACCCUGAGGUGUCGUACAGCGCCCUACGGAGGGGUGUGGACAGAAUGAACAGCAACGAGUGCACACUCCGCAACCGCAAGAGUGCACACCAUUACAAGAAACAGUACAAUGAGGAAGUGCCAAAGUCGGGCACUAGUUGCAGUUCUCGCUGCUCCAGUCUCAGGACCCAGGACUCAGAGAGCACCCGACACGAGUCUGAGACUGAGGACCUGCUCUGGGAAGACUUUCUGCACUGCGCCGAGUGCCGCUCCUCGUGCACCUCUGAGACCGAGGGAGAAGGAGCCGGGACCUCUGUGUGUGGACCCUCCAAAAAGGAAUACAGAGAUGACCCUUUCCACCAGGGUCAUGUCCCAUGGCUGCACAGUUCGAACCCCGGUCUGGAGAGGGUGAGCGCCAUCGUGUGGGAGGGAAACGAAUGUAAAAAGGCAGACAUGUCUGUGCUGGAGAUCAGUGGCAUGAUCAUGAACAAAGUGAACAUGUACACUCCAGGCAUUGGGUAUCAGGUGUUUGGGAACCUUGUCUCUGUAACUCUGGGCCUCACUCCAUUUGCCUUCAGACUGGCGCAGUACCGGGAUGUGGAUCAGCUGACCUCUCUCUCAGGUGGAGAGUUUCUGUCCGCAGCGUUCGGGGUCAGCUCAGGGUCAGACGUGCUUGUCGUCACCGUGGUUACUCUCAGCUUCCUGGUGCGAGUCUGCCUUAUCUGGCUGUUCUUCUUCUUGCUCAGUGUGGCAGAGAGGACCUAUAAACAGAGGCUGCUGUUUGCAAAGCUGUUUGGUCACCUGACAUCAGCCCGCAGAGCCAGGAAGUCUGAGGUGCCCCAUUUCAGACUGAAGAAAGUCCAGAACAUCAAGAUGUGGCUUUCCCUGCGGUCCUACCUCAAGAGACGCGGCCCUCAGCGAUCUGUGGAUGUGAUAGUUUCAUCCGCCUUUCUUCUCACUCUGUCUGUGGUCUUCAUCUGCUGUGCUCAAUUGCUGCAUGUCCAUGAGACGUUCCUGGAGUGUCAUUAUAACUGGGAGUUGGUGAUCUGGUGCUCCAGUCUCACUCUGUUUCUGCUGCGCUUCGUGACUCUGGGCUCUGAGACCAGCAAAAAGUACAGUAACACCUCUAUCCUGCUCACUGAACAGAUAAAUCUAUAUCUGAAGAUGGAGAAGAAACCAAACAAGAAGGAAGAGCUGACUCUGGUCAAUAAUGUUCUCAAACUGGCCACAAAACUGCUCAAGGAGCUGGACUCUCCGUUCCGGCUUUAUGGACUGACCAUGAACCCUCUGCUCUACAACAUCACUCAGGUGGUCAUUCUGUCCGCUGUGUCCGGGGUCAUUUCUGACCUGCUUGGGUUCAACCUCAAGCUGUGGAAGAUCAAAUCAUGACAGUGACCUGAUGCUGACCCCAACUAACCUUUGACCCUUAUGUUAACACUUUGUGCAAUUCACAACUAUUUAUUUACCCUCGCAGUGUUUCUAGGUUUAUAUGAAUUUUAGGUUGUUUUAUUUUAUUUGUUCACUGCAAAAACGCAUUACCUACAUUAGUUUGAAAACACUUGAAUUAGGAUUAUUUUAGUUAAUUUGAACAUUUUUGGCUAGUUUAAAUUUACUUGAAGAACUUACAAAAUCAGAUUUGCUAAAUAUUUUGAACUGGUAUUUUUCAAGGCAAUAACAUAAGUUUAAUUUCAUUUUUAAGUAUAAUUUUUGUCUAAUUUCAAGUGUAAUAUGGACAAAGUAUGACUGAAUUGUCUCUUGAUCAUAGUUUGAAUCAGUAUUCUUAAUUCAAUACAUUUAAGCCAAUGUAGACAUUUUUGCAGUGUUUUACACAGACAAUGCUAUGAAUACACAUUUAUCAAGUAUUAUGACUGUCAUUGACCCACUGCUGGUCCUUUAAUAACGAAUCUAAGUUAAAGACACACUAGAUAAUUUUUCUGGUGAGAUGCCAGUUGUCUCCAGAGAUUUUAUUGCUUUGCCUGGAAUAUUCCACAGUAUGGCAUUACUCUUUCAAUUACAGUUGUUUUUAUUGCUGAAAGACAUGCAUUCUUACUGUAAGCAGGGUCGACUUGCUUCCAAACCACAGUUCAGAUCUGUGGAAUCAUCUGCUUUCUUCAUAGAGACAAAUGAUUUGAAUGACUUUAAAGUAAUAUCACCAUGGAGACAAGUAGAUGGCUGUUUCCCAACUAGUGUGUUCUAUUUUUACUUUUAACCCUCUAUUUUCACACAUGCUGCCACUUCAUCACAUUUUGUAUUUACAAUGAACAUACUAGAUAUGUUGAAACAUGCUGUACGAUUACUAUAGAAAUCAUACAUCUAUGGUAGAUAGCCUCCGAAAAAACGUAUAGGGAAAUAUAAUGCGCUAUUAUAUAUUCUUUAAUUGAAAACUAUUUGCUGGUUUACAAUCAUCAAAGUCACAUUUAAGACUCAAAACUGACAAAGGUUGAAAUUCUGUCCUCCUCCUUACUUUAGAUUGUUAACAAAAAUAUAUUUAUGGCAAUGCCUCCAUACAAGUGUAAGGCAUUAUUAUUAUUAUUAUUAUUAGACCAGUUCACAAACAUAUUUUUUUUUCUGUUUUUAGAAGGUCAAGCAUUUAUUCUUGUAUUAUUAUUUUUGUGUGGAAAAAACAUGAUGCGAUUACGUUUUUUUUUGACUGAUGACAGCAAUUUAUAAUGUUAGCGAGAAGGACAUUAAAGCGGCUAUGUCUUGCUAAAUUUGUUUCUUUCAUUUUUAGCUUGCAAACAUGUUAUAUAAAGCCUGAAAGUGCUCCCCAAAUCCUGCCCACUCCAGGAAGCAUUGACCAGUCGGCAAACUCUAAAAAAAAUCCACUUUUUUAUUUGAUCAAUUCAUAGCUGUUUUAAUGAAUUUUCUUUCAGCUAAUUAUCAUUUUAAGGAAAUAUUUAGCUUUCUUUUUUAUUUUGAUUUGCAAUUUAAAAGUUUUAGAUAAAGACAUGAAAUGUACAAUUAAAUACAUUUCAGUGUAUAUUGCGCCAUUAGUUUUAGUCAGAUGCUUUUGAGAUUGUAGAAUUGAUAGUUUGCAGUGUGGAGCUGCAUGUAUGUCUAUGGUGGAAUUUUCAGCAGUUACCCUGCACACAUUAGCAAAUACAGCCUAAUACAUUUUUAGAUUAUCUAAAAACCCAAGAAGAAAAUUACAAAAUGGUUUUUAAACCGUUUAGGUUUUAAACAAGGACAAGGAUGACUAACUAUUGGCUAACUUGUGACUAUAAUGUUAUUUAAGAGGGACUUGUUUAAUAGAACAAAUCAGCUCUCCAGCUAAAUCAGUUCUUUCUGGUGAAAUUGUGUGAAAACAAAGCUCAAAGAAACUGAGCCUCAGACAGAGCAGUGCCUCUAUUUAGCUUCACACCAUCCCCCUAGCAAAUGUUAAUGACAGUUGCAUGCAUACUCAUACUUAUGAGUAUGCGUUUCUGUUCUGAAGUGAUCAAUACUGUAUCAUUAAAACUAAAUAUAGCCCCUUUUUAAUGUCUGGUAUUGAACUCAAUGCUUUCAGAAACCUGUAGUAGUUUGUACAUGUAGAAUGAGUGUGUUUUAAAUUAUGCACUUUAAAACUUUGACAUGUUUUUUAAAUAAAUUGCAUUUGUCUUUGAGAUGUUUUUGUACCUCAAAUGCUUGGAGUUUACUGUUUUUAGCUAAUGUUGAAGAUGUUUGAAGCCUUUCAGACUUCCUAGUAUGUAAGUGUGCAAGUUUUCAUGUACAUGAAAAUGUACUAGAAAUGGUUGCUUGGUUAACUUCAUGCUAAUUAAGCUAGCUUCAUCCAGAGGGUGGAAUAGUAUCUUAAGUGGAUAUCCUUUUAACUGUAGAAAUCAAGAACUGGGUCUUUUGCAUUUACUCUUAACAUUUUCUUCACAUUAAAAUCUGAAAAUGGACAAUCAAAAAGUUCCAUUAGUACAAAUUGUAAGCAAAUUACAAUCCAAACUGUUACACGGUUCAACUUUUUUGCAAAUUCAUUUUACCAAAGAAUUAUCAUUGACCCACUGAUAUAAAAAUUCUAAAUCUUGUAAUUGUUUAUACAGUCCCAAGAUGGCUGCUGUGUGUCACCAAAAGCAGAUUUUUCUUUUACAAAACUUGUCCUAAAAGAUUUUCACACAACUUUGGUUGGGUUUCGCCAUCUUGUCUGCCCAAUAUUAUAACACGCACAAUUGCUUUUAUAGCAUACCACAGUCUCAUAGAAAAUCCGCAUACAGUCCAAAGGUAGCUGCUGCAUUCUCCACUGCAGCUGAUGCCACUCUAGAGCUCUAUCCACUGCAGGCUUCAUGCUUUGAAACAUUAGCAUUGUGAAAUUGAGUCUAUGAUAAGGAGAAGACCAAAGUGCUUAUUUCUGUUUAUUGUUGAUGGAAAUCGAAUGUAUUCAACUUCAUGCUUUAAAAAUGUGUUGUCUCAUUUUGAAUUAUUUUUUGUUUGAGUUUUCUCGUUCAUGCAUUUUUUUUUUGUAAAGCUUUAGUUUCUCGCACUCACUGAAGAACUUUUCUUUUAUAGUUUUCAAAAAAGAACAAAGUGACAUUUCUGUUGAACUGAAUCUACAUACAGGACUCUGUUUUGUGGUUUGAAGAGUCUUAAUAUUUAGAUUUGUGUUUUUGUGAACUUGUCUCUCAAGUAUCUACAUUUUAUAAGAAAAAUAAAAUAUGAAAAAA